GAUAGAUGUUAUUUAGUAAUAUUUACAAAACAAGCGUAGAUUUUCUUUCUUUGAAAAAAUAACCAAAAAUGAAAUAUUUACUUUUGGCAAUUUUAUUAAUUUACACGAUAUAUGCAAUUCCAUAUGUGUUAGCCAUUUUUGACGGACAGGAAGUUAUAACACCUUAUCGGUGGCCAUUUAUGGCAGCCGUUUACGUCCAAACAGAAACUACAAGAUUUUUUUGCGGUGGUGCUCUUUGGGGACGCGAGUGGAUAAUAACCGCUGGUCAGUGUGUCUACGGGGCAACCUCUUUUACAAUUCAACUUGGCUCCAUUACUUUGGAGGAUGAAGAUGAAAACCGUCUAACCCUGACUUCUACUGAAUAUGUGGUACAUCCUGAUUUUAACCCACAAACUUUGGAAAAUGAUCUUGGGUUCAUUAAACUUAACGAUAGUUUUGCUCUUACCCCAACCAUCAGACCCAUAGCCUGGCUACCUACGACUCCCCUUGACAACGAAACCAUCGUGACUGUGUAUGGAUGGGGUCAAACGACCGAUGAUGGACCUCAGCCCAUUAAUAAUCUUAUGUGGAAUACAAUGACAGCUUUAAAUAAUGAAGAUUGUAGACUCAUAUAUGGAAACCAGUUAACUGAUAAUAUGGUCUGCGCAGCUGGUAACUAUAAUGAAACUAGAAUUUGCAGUGGUGACAGUGGUGGUCCUCUAGUUCAGUACUACGGGAAAGAUUUAUCAGUAGUUGUCGGCAUAGCAAGUUUUGUCAGCGGAAAUGGUUGUGAAAGUACUGAUCCUUCUGGAUUUACAAGAACGUUUCCUUAUAACGACUGGAUAAAGAAUUUGACUGAUCACAUUUAAGUCAUUUGUGAACAAAAUUAAGAAAAAAUAUAUCUAGGAAACAUAAA